AUGUCAGGAAACACAAGUAGAUCAUUGGAAACAAUAGACAGCAUUCUGUCAGAUGAACAAUACACCAUAACAGAGGGAACACUUUGUUUAGUUCGCGGUACUCUGGCCUGCCUGGGCGUGGCAGCAAAUAUUGUUAACGUCAAAACAUUUAUGGCCAUGGGGCUCAAGGAUGCUAUGACCAUCUGCUUCUUGUCUCUAUCGUUGUCGGACCUGGGCUAUCUCCUGACCGUCAUCUGCAGGGCAGCCUCCUUCGCUUUCAUGACUGCCGAAUCGUUGUCGCAAUUCUGUGUUUGGUUUCCAGUUGAGCCGUACGGAGUGUACAUCUACUUCGGGCACGCUGGGAGGAUACCGUACAUCAUGUCCAAUAUUACCACAACGUUUCUUGCCGUGGUCAGGUGUCUGUGUGUGGCCAAACCUUUGCUCUUUAAAAACAUGUUCGGAAAAAGGAUAACUCUGAUUGUCUUGACCGUCUCGGUAACAUUCUCUGUUGUGAGUUACCUUCCCGUGCUCGUUUACAUGGGCAUGACAUCUCAGAAUGUUCCCGGAAGUAACGUCACAAGGCCUACUCUGUGGAUAUCCCCCAAGAGAGAAGAGGUCAAAGAUGUGGUGUGGGCCAUGCGGGACGCUUUCGUUCCUUUCGCGUCACAGGUCAUUAUUUUGAUCUGUCUUCUUGUUCUGACAUCCAGACUCAGGUCAGCGUACAUCUUUCGACAGAAGCUCACCAUUCGUGGCUUGGUUCCUGAACGUCCUAAAUCAACAGAUAGGCUGGAAAGCGGAAGUGGGGUUCUUUGCACAGAGAUCAAAGGUCUAGGAGGUAAGGACCUACAGGUUGUCCAGCAGGUGGUGCUCAUUUCUGUGGUCUACGUCUUCUGUAACACACCUACCAUAUUGGUCAAUUUUGCAGGUGUGAUAGAGCCGCAGUUCUCCAUAGAGAAGCUAUACAAGAACCUGUACUUGACGGUGACUGGCGUCAAACACCUAUGUCAGACAAUCAAUGCCAGUUUUAACAUCUUUAUCUACAGCAGGUAUAAUUCUAAGUAUAGAAAGACGCUUCUGUCAAACUAA